AUGUCCGGCGACCUCAUACUCUUGACCGGUGCAACCGGCUUCGUUGGCUACAAAACAUUGAUCACUGCCCUCAAAGCUGGCUACCGCGUCCGGUGUGCUGUGAGGUCCAAAUCAGGCAUUGACAAAGUCCUAUCGGCGCCAAGUCUACAGAGCCUCCAGGUGUCGAACAAUCAACUUUCAUGGGUCAUUGUACCUGAUAUCGCGGCGCUCGGUGCCUAUGACGAUGCCGUGAAGGAUGUAAAGUACAUCAUUCAUUGCGCGUCUCCUGUGCCUAAAUUCGGGCCCAACGGUCUUGGUGCCAACGGUCGCCAUGGAACGGACGAGGAGAUAUUUGUAACUCCAGCAGUCAGAGGCGUAGUUGGCAUGCUUGAGAGCGCGGCAGCUCAUGCCGCUGAUACAGUUAAGCGAAUUGUCGUAACAAGCUCCGUUGUAGCCGUCAUGCCGAGGUCGGCCUUUCGGGGAGAAGGGCUAGACCGGCCGGCGUUCACGGGAGAAUCCCGGCUGCCGACUCCGGCCGCCCCGUACGAAGACGCCUACAGCGCCAGUAAGACCGCUUCGCUUGAAGCAUCCGAAAUAUGGAUCAAAGAACACCAGCCAGCAUUUGACCUCAUCUCAAUAAUGCCCGCGUGGAUCCUUGGCCACGAGGAGUUCGCCAAGACAACCAAGUCUCUCUUGGAGGGAUCCAACAGUGUAUUGCUCGGCCUCUUAACGGGCAGGAAAAGUAGCACAACCAUCAACACUGGCUGCAUAUCUGUUACUGAUGUGGCGGACGCGCAUAUUUCAGCACUAUCGCCGUCUGUUUCUGGUGGUCAAUCAUUCCUCCUUUCUAGACACAUUGUAUUUGAAGAGGCACGAAAGUUGGCCAAGCAGUAUUUUCUCGACGCUUUCGUCAGUGGUGUUUUCAACGAAGAUGGGGUACAGCCAACAGUAAGCAUUCCGACGGAUGCCUCCGAGGGCGAGAAACUGCUUGGUCGUACGUAUGUAAGCGAGGAAGAGAUUGUGAGAGAGGUGGCGACGCAGUAUGUGCAACUCGCGAUGACAGGGAAUGAAAGAAACGGCAAUUGA